CUAGAGUGAAGAAGAAAAAGCAAAGGGGGGUUUCUAUUCACUGUUAGUUUUUAGUGGGUCACCAAUUACAAACAACAAAUGCUCUUUCUUCCUUCUUGGAUUUUGGGCUUAUUUUGCUUUCUCGAAAUACCCACAAAUUCUCUACACAAACUCACAACAAAGAGAGAGAAGAACAAAGAAAAAAACAAUAGAGUUUCUUUUCAAAUACAAAUAGUAUUUCAAACUCUUUCUCAUUCUGUUCUUUACUUCUUAAUUAGGAUGUGAAAGUGAAAUACACUACAUUUCACUCUACACUGGGAUUUUCCUUCUUCUUUCCGUUUGUUUUUCUCUUCCUCUGUUAAUGAAAACAGGGGAUUGGGAUUCUUUGUUACUUUUUGAUUCUUUGAAUUGAGGGAACUUUUAAACAAACCAUGAAUUGAAUGCUGCCAUUUCGGCUUUGUUUCAAUUCUUGUUUUUUCUUUCUUUCUUUCUUUUUUUUUGUUUGAUUUCGUUUCUUAAGAGCUUAAGAAAUAGUUUCAUGAAUCAGUGGAAGCAAUGAGAGAUGGAAAUUCUAAGAAAAGCAAGCUUUCAUGGACCAAGACAUUAUUCAAGAAGUGGCUUAAUAUCAAGAGCAAAUCAGAAGAUUUUGAAGCUGACGAUAGCAUUUACGGUGGACAUGAAAACUGGGGGAGCAGCUAUCCAGAGGAGUCAUGCGCCGUCAAGAAAAGCCAAACCGAGGGAUCAAGCAAGAGGAAUUAUAAUUUUGAAUUUGACUCUCCACAGACCAAUGAUGUGAACAAUUACAGAAUCUUUGUAGCUACUUGGAAUGUUGCUGGAAAAUCUCCUCCAAAUCAUUUAAGUCUUGAUGAUUGGCUUCCGAGCUCAACUCCUGCAGAUGUAUACGUUCUUGGUUUUCAGGAGAUUGUUCCUCUGAAUGCUGGCAAUGUGUUGGGAACAGAAGACAAUGGCCCAGCUAAGAAAUGGCUUGCUCUUAUUAGAAAGACUCUUAAUGCUCUCCCUGGCAAUGGUUAUCAAUCAUCUUCACCAUUCCCUGAUUCUUUCACCAAUAUGGAUACGGAUUUUGAUGGAUCCACAAAGCACAAGGCUUUGUCGUAUUUCCAUCGACGAUCAUUUCAGUCUACUAAUAGAAGUAUGCGAAUGAAUAACAUUGCAACACAAAAGGCUCAAUUUGAUCGACGAUUUAGCGAUUUUGAUCAGGUUAUGUUUGGGCAUAGACCAAGUGAUUAUGACCCUGCUUGCAGGUGGGGUUCAUCUGAUGAAGAAAAUGGACCAGGGGAUUCGCCAUUUGUCUCCCACUAUUCGCCUAUUUCCCGCUGUGGUUCCUUCUCCAUAGACGAUGGAGAUAGGCAACUUGAACGAUCGAGGUAUUGUUUAGUUGCCAGUAAACAAAUGGUUGGUAUAUUUCUUACUGUGUGGGUGAAGAGCGAUAUGAGAGACGACAUACGCAAUUUGAAAGUGUCUUGUGUAGGCAGAGGAUUGAUGGGUUAUCUUGGAAAUAAGGGAGCAAUCUCAAUCAGUAUGUCAAUGCACCAAACAAGCUUCUGCUUCAUUUGUAGCCACUUAUCGUCGGGGCAGAAGGAGGGCGAUGAGCUUAGGAGGAAUGCUGAUGUUAUGGAGAUUCUGAGGAAAACUAGGUUCCCUAGAGUUAAUGGCAUGGAAGAUGAGCACUCCCCUCAAACUGUUCUAGAGCACGAUCGGGUUAUCUGGCUGGGCGAUUUGAAUUAUAGGAUUUCCUUGUCUUACCGAUCUGCUAAAGCUCUCGUCGAGAUGCAUAACUGGAGAGCACUGUUGGAGAAUGACCAGCUGAGGAUAGAACGAAGAUGUAGGCGCGUUUUUGAAGGGUGGAAAGAAGGGAAAAUUUGCUUCCCUCCAACUUACAAAUAUUCUUAUAAUUCAGAUAGAUACUCGGGAGAUGCCCGGUAUCCGAAAGAAAAGCGAAGGACUCCUGCUUGGUGUGAUCGAAUAUUGUGGUACGGUAGGGGUCUUACUCAAUUGUCUUAUGUUCGUGGUGAAUCGAGAUUCUCAGACCAUAGACCAGUUUGCAGUGUAUUUUUGGCUGAAGUUGAGUCCCCAACCCCUAAUUGGAUUAAGAAGGGUCUGAGUUAUUCCAGUUCAAAGAUUGAAGCUGAAGAGCUAUUGCCAAAACAUGAAUGGUUAUUCAGGACGUAAUUUCUUACGGCGAAUCUUCCCACGAAAUUUCAAAAGAAAAGGAAGUUUACCAAAUGAUCCAAAGCUUUGCUAUAAGGUGGGCACUGCAAAAAAGCUCCUUGUUCUACAUAGCUAUGAAGGUUUCUUAUUCCUAAAAUCCGAAAAAAGAAGACAAAACUCAAGUUGAUCUCCUCGACCUGCUUUUUAUCAACAGUUCUUUCUGAUUGGCCAAACGCGAUAUCGGUAGCAAAGGACAGAUGAAGGGGGAGAGGGGACAAGUCCUCCAUGUCUAAAUCAUUUGCAGUCCCUUUGAAAUGAAAGGAAAUAAAUAAAUGAGACCCUUUUUUCUUUGAGGGAAGGAAAGGAUUGGCUUCACAAAAUUAGCCCGCUUUUUUCCUGUUUUAUUUUGUCAUUUAAAUAUUCUAUUGUUCUGCAGAAUAGAAAAAGGAAUUUGUACAUAUGACAUCAAAUUUCAAUUGCAAGUGGGGAAUAAAAAAAGGGCAAUAGAUCCGUUCAUGUGGGUCUUGGUUUUUUGCUGAGAA